AUGCAGCGGGAUCUGGAAGCGCGAGACGGUCCGGGCGGCUCUUUCAUCAUGUGGCACGAUUACCUGGACCUGAGACGCACGCUGACUCGGCUGGUUCACGCCCGUGAUGACGGUGCUGAUGCACGCGCCGGAGAGAGCGCGUGGCCAGGUGUGGAACAGCGCGCGUUCCUGUGCCGGUCCGGGUCGGUGUCGGACAGCUCGUGCAGCAGCGGGCGCUCGAGGAGGAACCAGGUGUUGCGCCAGGCUGAGAGGAGCGCGUGCGCGUUCUGUAAGCAGAACGGAGAAAGCGCGCAGGUCUACACCAGCCACGGGCUGAAAGGGCGAGACGGACGGGUCACCUGUCCGGUGCUCAGGAGUUACGUGUGUCCGAUCUGCCGCGCGACCGGAGACGCCGCGCACACGCGCCUCUACUGUCCCGCGCGCUCCCGUCUCGAGGUCCAGCCCGAAUCUGGGGUCAUAAGUCCUGCAGAAAAGCUUCGGUACGUGCAGCCACUGUGGCGCUGAAACACCGAGUAUAAAUACGAGUACAUGUUCAAAAUAAUCAUGAAAGGUUCCUGAUGUGAUGUAGUUCCACAUAAAACUGAUGCGUCUGUUUGUUUUGAUUCCUUAAUGCUGUUAUUUUAUUCUAAAAGUGGCUAAUAUUUGCAAAAUCUAAGCUAUUUGUUACGAUUAGCUUAUGUUCUGUGCAAUUUAGUUCCAUCUAAAAGUGAUGUGGACAUGGUUUGCUUUUAUACUUUUAUAUAAGUGUUGCAUAAAGGAAGGACAACUAUCUCAAAGAGGUGCAUUUCUGUGCAACAUAUUUUUUGUUAUAUAAUUAACAGUCUGUGCAAUUUAGUUCGAAUUUAGGUCGAACUUGUUCUUCUUUUUGAAUAUAUGUU